AAUCCGGUUUGUUGCAUAAACUCAAGUGAAUAUAUUGCGAAGCUAGCAAAGAAAUCGUGUAACCAUAUCGUCUUGACAAGCAGCCGCCCAAACUCUGCGAUAAUUUUCGUCGGUAGAAAAUUUGGACUUUCUCCUAAGCCCUAAAUAUCCCAAGUUCCACUAUCGGAAUCUAGUAAAAUGGCGGAUACGCCUUCGAGCCCGGCCGGAGAUGGCGGAGAAAGCGGCGGCUCCGUUAGGGAGCAGGACCGAUACCUUCCUAUUGCUAAUAUCAGCAGGAUCAUGAAGAAGGCGUUGCCUCCCAACGGAAAGAUCGGAAAAGAUGCUAAAGACACCGUCCAAGAAUGCGUCUCUGAGUUCAUCAGCUUCAUCACCAGCGAGGCCAGUGAUAAGUGCCAGAAAGAGAAAAGGAAAACUGUGAAUGGUGAGGAUUUGUUGUGGGCGAUGGCAACAUUAGGAUUUGAGGAUUACCUGGAACCCUUAAAGAUAUAUCUAGCGAGGUACAGGGAGUUGGAGGGGGAUAAUAAGGGCUCAGGCAAGAGUGGAGAUGGAUCUAAUAGAGAUGCAGCUGGGGGUGCGUCUGGUGAAGAUAUGCCGGGCUGGUGAAAAAAAAGUCGCAAGUGAACUCUCUAGAGAUCAAGAACAACGCCAAAUGAUCAAGUAAUUCCUCUAUCUAUCACAACGGCUAGUGUAUACAAACGAAGAGCAUAAUCUGUAUGCAUGGGAAAUUAGAGAUCAGUGUGUUGUUUAUAGUUGAGCUGAUCGGCGACAUUUUUCUUUUUUUCUUCUUAUAGAGAUUCUAUUUCGGGUUUAUUGUCAAUUUCGGUUGUGUUAAUUUGAACUUUUGGUUAUCUAUCAUUCUAUCUAUUUGUGGACUAGUUGGUUGUAGUUUAAGAAUUAAAGUUAGAUUUGAAAGAAGGAAAGUUUGUCCACGUAUAUGAUAUUUGAAUCUAAUAUUUCAUCUCUUCUCUUUCCCU